UCUGACUAUGCAUUUAAUUGUGAUUCUGCUCCGUUAUGUUACAGAGAAACGUUUCUUCACCUUAAGCAUCUAGCUUUGUUUCUUUGUUGCAAUGGUUGAGUCAGAAAUUCCCUUUUGACUCUAAGAUCUGUCUCAACAUCCAUGACAUGGCUUCCCCUGGCAAUAAGCUUUCCUUGUCCACUGCAAUCCAUUUCUUCAAGAUUAUCCUCACAAGAAGUCUUACAGAUGGAAAACUUAAACUCCCAAACAAUUUCACUAGAAAAUAUGGAGAUGGAAUGCCAAACCCUGUGUUUUUCAAGCCACCAGACGGCACUGAAUGGAAAAUAUAUUUGACCGAGCAUGAUGGUGAGAUUUGGUUUCAAGAUGGUUGGAAGGAGUUUGCCGCACACUAUUCUCUAGAUCAUGGCCACUUGUUGUUCUUUGAAUAUGAGGAAACUUCUCAUUUUGAUGUCCACAUAUUUGACAACAGUGCCCUUGAAAUAGACUAUCUUUCUCAUGGUACUCGUGAUGGAAAGGACAAUGAUGUACAGAUUAGUGGUGAUUCUGUUAAAAUUUUGGAUGAGCAAUGUCAUGAUGGAAAGGACAUCGUUGUGCAGAUUAGUGAUGAUUCUGUUGAAAUUUCGGAUGAAGAGCAAUGUUCACGCCGAAAGACUAGAGUGAAAUCCACAGCGUCAUCUUCUCAACCUGAUAAGAAAAUGAAAAAUAGCAUAACUCCAGACGUUGAAAGAAGCCCCAAUGGGGUAAACUUGCAUCAGCAUGUCAAAAGUAGAAGUACUAGCUUUCAAGAUGUAAAAUUUAUGCAGCAAAAGUUAGAUGAAGAUGAGGAAGGUAAAGGAAUUUUCAACAAUAAAUGCCCAAAAGUGGAGCAGUUAACUCCUACGGCUUUAGACAAAGCCAGAGCUUUCAAAUCUAAGCAUCCCUCUUUCUUGCUUGUCAUAAAGCCAUCUUUUAUUGAUGUAGAUUACCUGGAAAUACCGGCAAUAUUUUCAGAAAAAUAUUUGAAGAAAACACAUGCAGUUGUCCUCCUUGAGAUCUUGGAUGAGGGAAGUUGGCCUGUUAUUUGUUCUGCUCCUAGAAUUACUGGCGGGUGGCAGAAUUUUGCAUCAGAAAAUAAUUUGAAUGUGGGGGAUGUCUGUGUUUUUGAGAUGAUCCAGAAGAUUCAAAGCCUUGCUUUCAAAGUUUCCAUCUUUCGAGGUGCAGAGGAACCAAGUAGACCCAUUUCACAAGGCUGCAGAGUUGGGAGUUCAAGUCAAAGAACUUUGCAGCUGGAAAACCACUUCAAGUCAGAGAUCUUAAAAUCCACAGCUCUUAGAGAAGCUAGGAAAUUCACAUCAGAAAAUCCCUUUUUCAUGGUCACUUUAAAAAUGCAAGGAAAUACAACCAGAUGCCCGCAAGUGCCAAAGGAGUUUGUCACAAAGUAUUUUGUAAACAUGAACCAGAAGGUGAUGAUGAUAAAAUUUAGAAAGAAAUUGUGGCCUGUGACGUUUGUAUUUAAUGAAUCUUGGGGUACUGGCGUGCUCUCUGCUGGUUGGCCCUUAUUUUCAAGAGAAAAUGAACUGCAACGUGGACAUGUUUGUAUCUUUGAGAUCGUCAAUAGGGAAGAUGCAAAACUUGAUGUUCAUGUUUUCAAAGGUCACACUAAGGUAAUACUUUAGGGGCUGGUGGUUUCAAUUAAGCUUAUUUAGUAGAUCUACCCCUGAACUCUUCAAUGGAAUCAUUUUACUGAAGACUUGUAUUUAAUACUUAAAUAUCUCAACCAAGAUACGUGUGUCAAAGGAUUUAUGUAAUAGAAUGAUAGAGUGGAAUGUAUGUUUACAUGUUCUGGAAUGUGUUUCCAAACAUGCUCAUUAAUUAUGUCUUUGCCAAAUCUAUG